CUUAUUACAAUAUUAAUUCUACAAAUUUUAAUCAACAUACUUACGAUACUCUAAUUAACUGUUCCAACUUAAGUGCAUUUUCUUCACUCGAUAUUUCUCAAAAGGCAUCUGAACUUUCAAAAGAUGAAGAAAUACGAUC